GUGUUAACUAUCAAUGAUCUUUCUCUCCCUUUCCUUGUUGACACGGGAGCUUCGCUCUCUGCAGUUCGUACUACCGACCUGCCUGAGGUUCCCCGCUCCGGAAAAACCGUGUCCGCUGUGGGCAUUACGGGAGUCCCAACCCCUUAUCCCCUUUCAAAACCUCUACCGGUCCAGGUUCGAGCCGCCUGGCCGACGGAACCCACCUCUGACGCCUGCCACAACCUUGAACCAGGUGACUGGGUCUACGUACGGCAUCACCAUCGAAAACACGCCUUGGAACCUCGCUGGAAGGGUCCUCAUCAGGUACUGCUUACUACCCAGACAGCUGUUAAGCUAUCUGGCAUUGCAGCAUGGAUACAUGCUUCACAGUGUAAGAAGACACCCUCCCCGGCGAACCAAUCAACACCUCAGGACUGCGCAGAGUCAGUUUUGACUCCAGAAGAAGACGUAGAGGAACAGCCUGCAAUACCUUACAAUCUACGCUCUCGUAAGGGUUGCCAGAAGCAGAUGACGAUCUAAAGCAAGGCCCAAGAAGCAGCAGCAGUGAGCCUAGCGCCUGCUGUCUGGUGGACAUAAAACUGUGAGUGCAGUUCCCUCAGUUGAGGUUGUCAGAACCAGAAGGGCCUUGCCUCCAACAUGCACCUCUGGUGGCGCCUGUUCCUCGGCUGCUGGUAUCUUAAGGUCUGGGGUGCCCACAAUGACAAUUCUUUUAUCCAGCAGCAAGUGUGGAUAGCCCAGACCCUUAAUAUUUCUAAAUGCUGGGUCUGCAGCCACAUCCCAGCCCACUCUCAAGCUGGUGUUCCUGUCCUGGCUAUCCCACUGAAUUCCCCAGACCUUACUGGAGGACCUCGUCCAUUUAACAAAACAUGGAACAGCAAUGACACUUGGGAAGCAGUGGGAAUAAAUGUAUCUAAAUGGAUAAGUGUGGUGGAGGGGAAAGGUCAUUGGUGUUGGGUGUGUAAUGGGACAGGGCUGGAUCUGGGAACAAGCCGUUGCCUUCAGCAUAUUGUGGCAAAUGGUGUAUGGGAUUAUUCAAACAAAACUAAGAAGUGGCGGACUGGGUAUGGGGAUAUGAAUUUUUUCUCAACCUGGGAUCAAACAGAAAAAUCAAUCUCAUGUUCCCCCUACAGUAAUCUUAGUAAAAAUAAUACAAUCUUCCAAUGCCAUACAAAUACUACCACUCUUCGUAAGGAGGAUUACCCUGUGCCCUUUGGAGGAUAUUACUCCUCAUUUGCAGAUACCUAUGUAACAAAUGGAUGCAAUCGACCUUUCCCGGCCUUAAUAGGCCAUCAUUGGGUUUGUGGAACCAAAGCUUAUACUGUAUUACCAGCUAACUGGUCAGGUAUCUGUUAUCCUGCCCAACUCUUCCCACAAUUCCGGGUGCUAGAGUCCCUCCCACGAGAACGCCUCCGUAAUUUCAGGCGAAAAAGAAGGGACUUACUAGAUGCCCAAUGGUAUAUACAUAACAUAAGCCCCUUAACUUGGGAAGAGGCCAUUGGCACUUCCUUUAUCCCACUUGGGGGAGUAAUACACCACGCAAAAAGACUCCUAAGGUUACAAGCAGUGGUUGAAAUAAUGGCAAAUGAAACCGGAGAAAGUUUAAAAACCCUGGCCAAAGAAACAGGGGUGAUCAGACAGGUUGCCCUCCAAAACCGUCAAGCAUUAGAUAUAGUGCUGGCGAAAAAGACAAUGAGGAAAAUGUUGGAAAAAAUACGAAAGUACAACCUGUGA